AUGUAUGUUCCAUCAAUUGAAAGCGCUUUGGUGCCAGUAGUCGUAGAACAAUCUUCACGUGGUGAGCGUUCUUUCGAUAUUUUUUCACGUCUUUUACGUGAACGUGUGAUUUUUUUAACUGGUGAAGUUGAAGACAACAUGGCGAAUCUUAUUGUCGCGCAAAUGCUGUUUUUAGAAGCUGAAAAUCCAGAUAAAGAUAUCCAUUUAUAUAUCAAUUCACCUGGUGGUUCAGUGACUGCGGGUAUGGCAAUUUACGAUACGAUGCAAUUUAUUAAGCCUGAUGUAGUGACCUAUUGUAUGGGUCAAGCUGCAUCUAUGGGGGCUUUCUUAUUAAAUGCUGGUAAGCGUUAUUGCUUGGAAAAUGCGCGUGUGAUGAUUCACCAACCAUUGGGUGGUUUCCGUGGUCAAGCAUCGGAUAUUGAAAUUCACGCACGUGAAAUUUUAUUCAUCAAAGAACGUUUAAAUCGUUUAAUGGCUGAACAUAGUGGUCAAGAUUACGAAACUGUCGCUAAAGAUACAGAUCGUGAUAAUUUUAUGACUGCACAGCAAGCAAAAGAAUAUGGUUUAGUGGAUCAGGUAUUAAGUAAACGACCUCAAGACUAA